AUGGGCGGCGUAAUGGUUCAAGACAGGGACCUCAACACGGGGUUGAUUCUUAUCCGCGAUUGGUUCAGUGGGGACGGCGAGUCAAGACACAACCUCGAGCACCUGCAGUUCAAACAGGCUGCCGUAACCACCAGCAGGCGACGAAUAGCCCAGCACUGUUACAUUGUAUUGCUCGUUCUGUACGUCAAGCCGAAUGACAGACGAACUUCGAAAGCUGUCGCAGGUUCGGACGCCCAGGGUUGGACGGGGGUCGGCGUCAAGAACUCGGGAAAGAUCAUGGUGUGCUGCUACUCCCCAGGCCACAACGAGAGGAUAUCUUAUCUCUAG